CGUGUGAGGGUGGGCCUGCCCAUGGGGUGCUGAGCAAAAGGGGCAGAGCACGGGCGGAGCAUAGCCCCAUGCUGACCAGAGAGGGAGGGGCUGAGCUCGAGGGAGGGAGAAAAGGUGCCUCUGGAACCAGGGUGCUUCUGGGGCUGGGGGGCCUGCGCAGACGAAGCGCCUGCGCAGAUCAGCCACCUGCCCAGCUGUGGAAUUCACACUCUCAGGCCUCGCCUUACCUGCUUCGCGUUUGCCGCGCUGCGGGUCUCGGCUUGCUACGCUGGACAAUCGCCAUGCCCCACCUGCUCGUUCUCUCCCUGCUCUCCCGCUGCCUCGCGACCCCGCUGGGCAAGCAGCGCAGCUGCCGCUGGAACCACUCGGAGCUCCGCCGCCACCAUCGCCCCGUGUCGCCUGUGGAAACGGCUUUUGGACUCGUGGUGAUUUUUACGGCCUUCCUGACACCGUGUGGAUACGUGCUCAGCAGUCUGAACCGGUUCAGAAGAGGGUGAUGGAAGAAGAUGUAGAGCCUCUGCUGACAUCCAACAAGCCUUCAGAAAAAGCUUUGGCUUCUUUAAAUGAGUAAAAGUGCUUACUUGGGUUGUGGGUGUUCACUUUAAUAACCAUAUGUUUAUGGUAAAUAUCUUGUACUUUUUUAGUACUAUUCAUUACAUCAAAAUGAGCUAUAUAGCCAUUUAGAAAAUGUUAAAUAAAAUUGAAAC